AUGUCGCUGCGCAACGAGCAUUAUCGAGACGACGUCACGUACAUCACGCAAUUAACGCGUAAUGUUCUUAGCUUGCUCGGAGUCUGGCCGUCUUUUAAAAGAGAAAGCACCGGCAAAAGAGUCCGGCAGUUUCUGCUGAUCGUGAUUUCGUACGCACUUCUCUAUGGCGUUCUGAUCCCGGGACUUCUCUUCUGGGUGAUCGAGAGACGAACGCGCGUCCGAGUUCAAACGAUCCCGCUGAUACUCUACGGCUUCAUGGCCACGGGCAAAUACGGCAAUUUAAUAUUCCGUCAGAAGGAUAUCAGAAGCUGCUUGAGACACAUCGAGGAAGAUUAUAGAAUUGUUGGCGACAUCGAGUCGCGGGAUACGAUGAUAGAAUGCGCGAAGACCGGUAGACGUCUCGUUGCGCUUUGCGCGACCUUCAUGUACGGCAGCGGUCUGUCUUUUCGCUCGAUUCUGCCGUUGUCCAAAGGAAAGAUCGUCACUCCGCAGAACAUCACGAUCAAACCUCUGCCUUGUCCGGCUUAUUUAUUCUCAUUCGACAUACAAGCCAGUCCCGCUUACGAAUUGGUAUUCCUGAUUCAGUUCUUAUCCGGCAUAGUCACUUACUCGAUAACAAUAGGUAUAUGCGGCCUCGCGGCCGUCUUCGUGAUGCACGCCUGCGGUCAGCUGAAGAUCCUGGUGGAGCUGAUGGAGAACGUCGUGGAAGAGCAGUGGGAAAACAAAAAACACGAAGUAGAUGAGAAACUGGCCAGAAUGGUCGAGCACCAAAUAAGAAUACGAAGUUUUUUACAAUUGGUCGAGGAUACCCUGCAACAAGCGUGCUUGAUAGAAUUCUUGGGGUGCACGAUAAUUGUCUGUCUUCUGGGAUAUUGCAUAAUAAUGGAAUGGGAAAACAGCAAUCCGAUAGCUAUGUGCUCGUACUUUAUAACAAUUACAUCACUGAUGAUCAACAUGUUUAUGUUCUGUUACACCGGUGAACAACUCACUGUCGAGGCGGAGAGAGUGGCUACUACGUCGUGCGAGCUCGAUUGGUAUCGUCUUCCGGAUAAGAAAGCGCGCGGAAUAGUACUCGUGAUGAUCAUGUCGAACUUACCCACAAAGAUCACCGCCGGGAAAAUUAUGGAUUUGUCGUUCAAGACGUACGGUGAUAUCGUCAAGACAUCAGUGACAUAUUUUAAUAUGCUUCUAAAGGUAACGGAUUAA